UUUUUCUCUAUAACCUUUAAAUCGACCGCUUAGCUUUUACCUUCAUGUUGAGGACAGAACCAAAAAAAAAAAAAAAAAAUUUACUUAUAAAACGUGACAAUACUUUUCAUGUUUAUGCUAAGGUCGCUCACAAAUUAACCCACCAUGCAACACUCUCUUCGUUCUGAUCUUCUUCGUUCGAAGACUUCUUCUUCUUCUCACUUACUUCCACAAACCAAACAUGUAAACAUCUCCCGACGAGUUCUUAUCAACCCUUUCAAGAUAACAACACUUCCUGAUCUCCCUCCUCUCUUCAAAUCUCCGGUCACGCCACCACCGGUUAAGCUCAAACCAACCCAUCCAAACUUAAACCCUCUCCAGAAGCUAGCGGCUACGAUGCUCGACAAGAUUGAGUCCUCUAUCGUCAUACCGAUGGAGCAGAAUCGACCGCUUCCUAAACCGACCGAUCCAGCGGUUCAAUUAUCAGGUAACUUCGCUCCGGUUCAAGAAUGUCCGGUUCAAAACGGUUUAGAAGUCGUUGGUCAGAUUCCUUCUUGUCUACGAGGAGUUUACGUGCGUAACGGCGCUAACCCUAUGUUUCCACCGUUAGCCGGACACCAUUUGUUUGACGGUGACGGAAUGAUUCACGCCGUUAGUAUCGGUUCUGAUAACCAGGUUAGUUACAGCUGCCGGUACACUAAAACGAACCGGCUUGUUGAAGAAACCAAGCUUGGAAGAUCGGUUUUUCCUAAACCAAUCGGCGAGCUUCACGGCCAUUCCGGUCUAGCUCGACUCGCUCUCUUCGCGGCUCGAGCUGGGAUCGGUCUCGUGGACGGGACACGUGGCAUGGGUGUAGCCAACGCCGGUCUUGUCUUCUUCAACGGGAGGUUAUUAGCCAUGUCGGAAGAUGAUCUCCCUUACCAAGUGAAGAUCGACGGUCAAGGAGACCUCGAGACGAUCGGACGGUUCGGGUUCGACGAUCAGGUCGACUUCUCAGUGAUAGCGCAUCCUAAGGUGGACGCUACCACAGGUGAUCUGCACACGCUGAGCUACAACGUUUUGAGGAAACCUCAUCUCAGGUAUCUUAAAUUCGACACGUGCGGGAAAAAGACACGUGACGUGGACAUCACGCUCCCUGAACCAACGAUGAUUCAUGAUUUCGCCAUAACCGAGAAUUUUGUCGUUAUACCGGAUCAGCAAAUGGUAUUCAAAUUAACCGAAAUGAUUCGGGGCGGGUCACCGGUUAUCUAUGAAAAAGAGAAAAUGUCAAGAUUUGGGGUUUUGUCAAAGCAGGAUCAGACCGGGUCGGGUAUAAAUUGGGUCGACGUACCAGAUUGUUUCUGUUUCCAUCUAUGGAACGCGUGGGAAGAGAGAACCGAAGAUGGAGAUCCGGUUAUUGUCGUACUCGGGUCGUGUAUGAGUCCACCCGACACGAUUUUCAGUGAAUCAGGAGAACCAACCCGGAUUGAGUUAAGUGAGAUCCGGUUAAACAUGCGGACAAAAGAAUCGAACCGGAGAGUUAUUGUAACCGGGAUAAAUUUAGAAGCGGGUCAAAUAAACCGAAGUUUUGUGGGACGGCAAAACCGGUUCGUUUACUUGGCAAUAGCUGAUCCUUGGCCUAAAUGCAGUGGCAUCGCUAAGGUAGAUAUUGAAAACGGUACCGUGACAAAGUUCAAUUACGGACCAGGCCGGUUUGGUGGCGAACCGUAUUUUGUACCAGAAAAAGAUGGAGAAGACGAAGGUUAUGUUCUGGGGUUUGUGAGGGACGAAGAAAGAAACGAGUCCGAGUUUGUCGUGGUUGACGCAAAGGAUAUGAAGCAAGUCGCUGCGGUGCGUCUGCCGGAGAGGGUACCUUACGGUUUCCAUGGAACGUUCGUGAGCGAGAAUCAGUUGAAAGAACAAGUUUCCUGAUCGCAAUUGUAAUGCAACCCCCUAGUUUAAGUUACUCAUAUUGAUUAUUUUAGUGGUGUUGGCUUCUUUAGCGUGAUUAUUAUUAGUUUUAGUAAUGAUUCUCUAAAUUAUUUAUAAACUGUAGCAGAUGAUGAUAUUAACAAAGAAGUCCAAUUUCUAUUACCGUAA